AUGGCUACAUUAUUGACGCGGUCUUCGCGUCCAUUCAUAUAUAGAAUUCGUGAAUUGACUCAAUUACGCUCGGUGUCUACACUAGAAGGCCAUCCCCAUAUAUACACUUUCCCCGAUGAUGCCAGACCAGGGAACCAUAUUCUGUCCUUGCUGUCCUCGGAACCCCCAAACAAGGACCUAGCCAUUGGUACCACAUCAAAGCUUCCACCUACUCCAGACUCCUUCACACAGAACUCAAACUUUCUCAAGAUCCUAAAUGAAGUUGUCGCUGAGCAUGCCGUCGAAGAUCCGGAAGUCCAAUCCCAGGCUCAAGUGAUGGUUUCCACAGCAGGUGCCAACUUGGGUUCGGGUGGUUUCUUCUUCGCGCCCCAGCACAAUCAGAGGAAGAGAUCUGGUUAUGGACAGGGAUUGAAUACUGGUGGUGAUUCUGCUGGUGGUGCUAGUGGACAAGGUGGUGCUGGAUCUGGGGGACGGGGUGGCUGGAUUCAUGUUUCGGACGGUCGUCGGCCGCCAGAGUAUGGCCGGAUUGCAUGGCCCGAGGAUAUCUUCGGCAGUGUUGAAGUUGACAGCAAUGGAAACUUCGUCGGAAACAAUGGAAACUACCAAUCAAGUGGCACCUAUCGAAUCAUUACUCGGGAUGGAAUACUUGGACUGAGCCCGUUCCUGAGACAAAAGCUAGUCGAACGACUUCGGAAGGCUGGUUGA